GAGCUCCUCCCUGCGCCGCAGCAGCCCGAAACAGUGGAAGUGAAUGGCGAGCGCAGCGGCGAUAAGCCGAACACCUGGGGGGGCCGGUCCCACCGAGUCAGACGCAGCGUGUGGCUGGCGCUGCCAUGAGCACAGCGACCGCGUGGCCGAGCUCUUCUGUCGCCGCUGUCGGUGCUGCGUGUGCGCGCUUUGCCCGGUGCUGGGCUCCCACAGGGGCCACCCAGUGCGCCUGGCGUUGGAUGAAGCGGCGCACGUGCAGAAACUCACCCAAGAAUGUUUAAAGCAACUGGAAACCAAGAAGCAGCAGCAAGUUGGCAACAUAACGCAGAUAGAAGACGCUGCAGAGAAGCUCAAGGCUCAUGCAGAGUCAAGUAAAACCUGGCUGGCGGGGAAAUUCACUGAACUCAGAUUACUACUUGAUGAAGAAGAAAUGCUGGUCAGGAAAUUCAUUGAUAAAAACACGCAGCUCACCCUCCAGGUGUACAGAGAGCAAAUCCAGUCCUGUGGGGAGCAAAUCGACCUCCUGAACAGCCUCUCCAACAGGGUCUGGGGUAUCAGCCAGGAGCCCAAUCCUGUACAGCUGCUGCAGGAGUUCACAGCCACUGAGAAAGAGAUGCAGCAGCAGAUGAGCUUGGGGGAUCUGUGCCACCCUGUGCCCCAAUCCUUCGAGCCCAUCAAGAGCUUCUUCAAGGGCCUCAUGGAAGCCAUGCAGAGCAUGUUACAGAAGCCACUGGAUGUUCGCUUGAAGGAAAAUAUGAACUGCCGGCUCUCCAGCUCCUCCAGCACCACGCCGGAUUCCUUGUUGAAAAUAAGCCCCUCACCAGAGCGAUCGCUCUUCUUAAAAUACGCGCGAACGCCCACGCUGGAGCCGGAUACGAUGCACGCGCGUCUGCGCCUCUCAGCCGACGGCCUGACGGUCCGCUGCGCUCUGCUGGGCCGCCUGGGGCACACGCCCGCGCUGCGUUUCGACGCGCUGUGGCAGGUGUUGGGCCGUGACUGCUUCGCCGCCGGCCGCCACUACUGGGAAGUGGACGUGCAGGAGGCGGGCUCUGGCUGGUGGGUGGGCGCGGCCUACGCCUCCCUGCGGCGCAAAGGGGACUCGGCCGCCGCGCGUCUCGGCUGCAACCGCCAGUCCUGGUGCCUUAAGCGCUACGACCUCGAGUACUGGGCCUUCCACGACAGCCAGCGCAGCCGCCUGCGUCCCCGCCACGACCCCGACCGGCUGGGCGUCUUCCUAGAUUACGAGGCCGGCGUCCUCUCCUUCUACGACGUGUCGGGUGGCAUGAACCACCUGCACACGUUCCGGGCUGCCUUCCAGGAACCGCUCUACCCGGCCCUGCGGCUCUGGGAAGGCGCCAUCAGCAUACCCCGGUUGCCCUAGGGGCUGAGGCCAGUGACCCCCCUAAGCUGUCCGCGGCUCUGGUCUCACCCGACUCAGAUGUGGCUGGUGUACUGCCUGCUCUUUAAGCACCUCCACGGUCUCCCCCACCAGCCACACCUUGUGCUUUAAUAGUGCCUCCUCAACUAGGCUAGUUUCAACCAUGUCCUACACACAGGUCCUCAUCGGACCUCCCCCACCACCACUAGAGCCCUUACGUUGUACUGCGUUUAGUCCAGGUUUCUGGACACACCCAUGGGGAGCCCUAAGCAUCGUGACCAGUGACAAUACAUUAUCCUUAGCCUUGGAUCUCCUCCCUCAUACAGCAGCCAGAACCUCCUGACACAUAGUAGAUGCACAAUAAAUAUGUGAAUGAAUGAGAGUCACCCAGCCCUGACACUAUCCAGUGUCCUUUGGAUCUGCCACCUCCUCUCCACUCUACUUCAGCUUGUCCAGGUCACCUCCCUUCAGAGUAGCUUCUAAAUAGCUCCUGGCCUGAACCUCCUCCCACCUGUAGCCAGAGUGAUCUGCCUGAAACCUCAGCCUCUCAGAACUAUGAAAAGGUUCCCAAGGCCUAUAGCUGCGGUAAAAAGCACUCACCUCACCUUAGCAUUCAAGGCUUUUCUAGGAUGCCCCUAAACCACUUCUCAACUAGCUCUUACUGCUUUUCAGAGAUAUGAACUGUAUGUCACAUAGUGCCACCUCUGCGCCUUUGGCGCUGUCCUUUCCCUGUGUCCCAUACACAUUUGCACAGGAAAGCCCUCUCUUCUGUGCCUAUCUCAGUCUUCCUCAGGGCUAACCAACCCUGAAAGGAAGUCUCCCCUAGAAUCUCUUACUACCAGAGCCACAAACCUGGGACCUAUCUUUCCAAAAAGACUGGAAGCUUUCUAAGGGCAGUUGUGUCCUAUACUCUUCCCCACUCUGAAAAAUUCACUAAGUCCCUCCCCUCCCAGACAGUGAGUGAACAAUGACCAGCAGCUGGGGAAUCACAGAGCAGCUGAGCUGGGAGGGCCUCACAGAUCACCCAGCCUGCCCUUGUGCAUUUGGGGAGACUAAGGUCCUGAAAGGAAGUUGCCUAGUCACCCAUGGUGAUUAAGAGCUGGGCCACACCCCAGCCCACAGACAAGUGUCUGAUUUGCCCCAUGGCCCAGUCCUUCAGGUCCAGCUUUCGUUCUGGGAGAUUUUACUGCUUUUUCAUUUCUCAGGGGAUGUUGGGAAGGAAUCAGCAGGUGACCAAUGCUAAGUAUCCACUGGCAGUUUUCCCACUGUCUUAGAAUCAAAAGGAAAGGAGCUAUGAGUGAGGUUUGGGCAGCCCAGACACACUAUGCUCCCCAGAUUCCCUCAGAUCCAGAUGUUGCAAGGAAACCCAGAGUGCCAUAUUCCUCUUGAGUGCCAUGUGUUCCUCUAGCGCAGGGGAACAGGCCUCUUUCCAGGGCUUCCGUCUCAGUUCGGAAGGUUCAGCAUCCCGAAUUGUCAAGUUCCCUAGACAGUUUUUAAGUUACACUGUAUGAAAAGCAUCUUGUUCAAUUCCUGACAGCAACAAUAGAAUGAGGAACGUGCAGCUGAAUCUCCUUCCGCUGAAUCUCUUUCAUGGUCUAAACAGACUAUUAGUGCAUUAGUUUGUUUGAACCAUAAAAAACUGUGAAUUUCCAAUAGUUUUUCACCGAAAAAUGGCACUUUCAUUUGGGGUAAUGCAAUGUAAGUAGAAUACAGGGCAGAAGGGACCUCAAAAGUGCCUUUACUUCUAACCAAAUUAUUUAAAACUCGAGCUUGGAUAGAUGUCUAAGCACUGUGCUCUAGGAAUCCUGAGGAAAGGGAAAUUCUACUGUGGAUGGCCCAGACCUGAAUUCAGGCAGAGGGCAUUCCUGAGAGGAAGAGGGGUACACUUGACCUACAUCUUUGUUCAUCCCUGCAAACCAAAACUUGUUCCCAGACCCACAGCCACAGGGGCCGAGUAAUAAUAGCCCUUGCUGUCUUUUGUCAGGUACUGUUCUAAUGUUUUACAACUAUUAACUCAUUUGAUCUUCACAUCAUCCCUAGGAAGUAGAAAGUUAUCCCAACUUUACACAUGGCAAAAAUGAGACACACAAGUAAAGUCACACCGCUAAUGGUGGAGCUGGGGUGUCUGCUCAUGUCCACCAGGCCAUACUGUUCGGUCAAAUGCUGCUAGUCUCUGGCCAGUACCUGCUCGCUCUAGCUCCUCUCAGUAGGCCAGGAAUGCUUUGCUUUGUUACCUAGUUACUCUGUGGGACCUGAGUCUACAUUUGGAUUACCUUUCUUGGGCUCUGAGAGGAGGUCUUAUACCCAAAGGGGUUUUGAGAGGCACAGAGACAGAGCUGGAUUAUAAAGGGAGAAAAGUGGGCUUUUAUCAAAUGCCUACUCUGCGCCAGCCAGAAAACUGCAGUUUUGGUCCACAAUCAUGUCCUCAGGCCAGUCACUGUUUACUUCUUGGAGCAUCAUCUGUAAAAUGGAGGUAGUGACCCUACUUACCAGUGUUGUGAGGCUCAAGUGAGCCAAAGGAUAUGAACUUGCCUUAAAAACUGUGCUUUUGCUCAGGGGGCUCGCUCCAAACCCUUUGGAGUGUACUUUUUCUUCUAAUAAACUGCUUUUUCACUACUUUAAAAAAUAACAAAAAACUAAAAACUGUACAGAGCUGUGUCAUGCCAGGAUGUGAGCAUCCCUAGCAGAAUUCCUGUUGUGCUUAGUGCUGAGACAACUGAUUGUCCUAGCUGCCAGUGGCGGGAGCCUCGUCGAAUAUUCUCAGCAGAGGACUGAGCUUCCUUGGGGUGCGGGUCUGUAAGGGUACUGAACGCUUACGCUUUCAGAAUUGAAUGUGUAGAAAUUUUUUAUUCGAACAGCAAAUUGCUUGCAGAUAUAUUUAAAUGAAAGUACUUUUCUAAUAUGUGAUUUGCUUUAAUAAAAUACAAAUAUUGUCCGUU